GUCAGGUAGGAAGCCUCUACGCGUUCUUCGCGUAAUCCGAGAAUAUGUUGGUUUUGUUUAACAACACCACUAGAGCCCAUUGACCGAGAAUAUGAUGUCUGGCACUACUAGUAUUAUACUAUAUACAAAUGAAAUAUCUCAUAGUCCUUCUACAAAUGGUGACAUGAAUCUUCACCCAGCCAAUAACUGUGAGCAAGACAAGCAUAUUAAAAUCAUAAACCAGCUUCAUUACCAGCGGUUCCGCUAUGACAUUGAGAAGCGAACUGGCAAAAAGCGUCGAGACAAUCCCCUUUUGGAAUUGGAGCUGACUAACAUACCAGCUUCAUCAGUGAUGAAGAUCUUCUGUAUUGAUGCCCAUACUGAUGGCAUUGCACAUCCAAAUGCCCUUAUUGGAAAGAACUGUGAAAAUGGAAUUUACACCCAUGAAGAAUUUAAAAGCGAAAUCCCUUCAAAACGUAUAAGAAUCCCCUAUCUACAGAUCAGACGAGUGAAGUCCAAACUACUUACAACUGAGCUGAAUGAACGACUUAAAUAUUUGCCUUCACCUUUUAAUGGUGCUGUUGAUUCACAUCAUAAAUAUGACACCAAGAUGGUGAGACUGUGUAUUUGUUUAACGGUACCUGAGAGACUGAACACCAUCAAUCACUUAUCCAGCAUCAUUAAAAGUGAACGUGAUGGUGCUAAAGUUAAAAUUGAAUACUUGAGUCAUGUGACAGCAUCUGUCAGGGGAAAAGUAGAUCCGAUCGUUAUUAUGACCAGAGAAGAUUCUCCAGACAUUGAGCCAGAUGAUUAUGAAGUCUACUUGGAAGAACUUGGUUUGGAUGGCAGAUGUCUGUGGCAUUCACCUCCAUUCUGUCCCAAGAAACCAGAUAUAUUCUACAAGCAUGUGAUAAAGUUUCCAGUGCCUGCAUAUAAAGACUGCUACAGUGAAAGAGAUAUUGAAGUGAGACUAAUACUGAAGUGUAAAUCUACUCAAGAGACAGACGAAGUUGACUUCACCUAUACAGCUGAUGCAGAUCUGGGUCUUAUCAACAGGAAGAGGCGGCUGGUGGCUGAGACACAGGCAUGGCUAGGUCGUAUUCUGAACAACAUGGCAGAUGCUGAGCCACCACAAAAAUUUCCACGCCUUUCACCAGUCACAGGUAAAGAUGUGAAGGAAAAAUUAAAAGGGAAACUGUUUCGCAAUGGAACAUCAGAGUCUGGUGGAAAUGGAGCUAUAGCUCUCAGUGAAGACUCUGCAUCACAGAACAUCAAUCCUGCUCCGUCUCUUUCCGAUUACCUAGCAACAGAACCUUCUUUCCAAACCAGUGAUGUUCCAGAAACCAAGGGAUUCUGUCAAAAGUUGAAGAUAGAAGCUCAGGAUGAUGGUAAUGCCUACCAACAUCCAAUAUCAUUACACGAUAACAUUAAGACUGACAGAGUUGAUGAAGUUGAAGCUACAUCACUCCGUCCAGAGUUUCCUUGUGACAACACCAACGCACAUACAUUGCCGACAACCGUGCCUGAAAUGAUACAGGGAUGUCCAAAUACAUUUUUUGCAAGACUGAACAAAACGUGUCCUGUUACAUCGGCAGCAGUUCACUCUUCGUGUACAUCAGAACCAUCUGUGGGGGCACCUGACUGUCAGUGUGCCACAGACGCAGGCCACACAGACCAGACAAUUGCCCAACCUUCUACAUCAGCUGCACCAAAUUCAACUGUUCCAAACUCAACUGGUUCUCCAAUUUCGGGGGAAGGAAGUAUAGAAAAACCAAUUUCACUGUUGUCUUCUGAUGAGCUGUUUACUGAUUCACUGCCUAGUAUGGAGUUCAGCAAUCUUACCAGUAUGGAUUUAACUACAUGUAGUUUAUCCUUAACCAACUUCAUCAAUAAUCCACAAACUGAUGCUGAUCAUUUGGAAGAAAAUCUUAAAUGAGUGAAUCACAUACAGUCAGAUUAUCUGUUAAAAUCACCCAAAGUAUAGGGCCUUUAGGAUGACAUGCAUGCAUUUAUGCUCUUAAGAGAAAAUCUGAAUUAUCUACGUCAAUAGCAUAGCCAGUAUGAGGCAGAUGAGGUGCUUGCCUCGUCUGGAAUUUCCCCAGAUUUAUUUUAUUUUUCCCAUGACACUGAUAUUUAUUUUAUAGGUCUAGGUUUGCCUCGGCAUUUUUUCCUCUCUGGCUACG